UUCAGCUACUUGUACUAAACGGCAUCUGCGUUUGAAAUGCCGCCCGCAAACUCUGCCAUGACAUGCUGAAAAUAUUAUUAAAAUUAAUAUUUACCAGUUAGUUACAUUUACAGAGAGCAGGCAGCAUGGAGAGUAGAAGUGAUCGAGAGAACGAGAGCUCGUCAUCCCCCGGCGGGAUACUGCUGUCCCCUGCGAUGGACCGGAACCCCUCCCCGCCGCCUCGAGCAGCCGGGGAAAAGACCACCGGAGACGUGGACGCGAUUGGAGACACCGUUUACAGCAAGCACUGGCUGUUCAGCACCCUGACUCGUCUCAUUCAGAUGGUCACUGAGCAUUUGGAGGGGAACUCUGAAGGUCAGAUGGAGCUCUCUGAUGAUGAUGAGCAAGACCUUUGCAGAGUCUGGGAUAUGGCCAUGGAUAAGGAUGUGGCUGGUUUUCUGCAGGAGUUCAAAGCUACUGAUAUCCUUCUUGGGGUGAUAGCCAAAUCGUGUUGUCCACGUCUCACGGAAAUUUGUGUGGGAAUCCUCGGAAACAUUGCUUGCUUUCCUGACACUUGUCUGACUCUCAGCCAAAACGAAGACUUAGGUGCUGUGCUGUUGCUUCUGCUUGGAGAUACAGAUCCUCCAACCAUUCUGGAAACGAGCAGAUUGCUGCUGACCUGUAUCUCCCAGAAAGAUGUCUGUUCCCUGUGGCUUCAGCGACUACGUCAGCAGACGUCUGUGCGCUCCAACCUCUUUUUCAUCAUAUGCAGUUCUACCAACACUGACCUGCUUGAGAAGGUUGGAGAGCUGCUUGACAAAUUAUUUGACCUUGACGAAGAGCUGAUGAAGAGUUGGAUCACUGCUCAACAAAGUGAGGAGGAGGAGGAGGCGGAGGAGGAGGAGGCUGGCCCGCGUAGUCCAAAUGUGGCCGCAUGUCUCCUCGAGGCUGCCAAGCAGCUUAGAUCAGAGAGUCCAAAUGGCUUAGAGGUUUACCUACAUGCCCUCCAACUCCUCACCACCGUGGAUGAGGGCAUCCAGACUUUCGCUGCCCCCGAUGGACCCGGCAAAGCGGUGUGGGACUUUGUCUGUGAUGUUGUGUGUGAGGACCUCUGCCAGCCAACUGAUCUUCCCGUUGUCCUGCAAGAGCAGAAGAGCAUUUUGGUUCAGGCGUUUGCUGUGCUGCAGGCUCUUUAUAGGUGCCAGGAUCAGUGGCGCAGCAGAAGUGACACAAGUCUUCCCCUUAUUGGAAGCAUUUUGCGAGUGCUUCAGUACCACAGUGAGGCAAAAGAUGAGGGUUUCAGCAAAGGAGGCGUCAAAGAUGAACAGCUACAGACUCUCGCAGAGAUCACAGCUGAGUUUCUGGCGGAAAUCUGUAUUCAAAUUCCCACGGACACCGUGGCAGAUUUGGUGAAGAAAGGAUACCUUACAGAGAAGACGGCUCUCACGGCUGCGAGCUGUUUAGUUGUGAAAUUCAAGGCCUCCUUUGAGCACCUGCAGUCCGUGCUGUCGGAGGCUGAUCCCCAAAUGGCAGACGUGGUGAGGAAACAGUUUCCUGCCUGAGCCAUCCGGCGCAUCAGUGUUCAGCGCUCAUCCAGACUCUCAUCACUGCUUUUUAUAGCAACCUCCAUUUCCCCUCAAAAGAGCCUGGUUAUAGUCGUAUUUUGGGAUUUCCAUUGGAAAGCCGCAGGGAGGAUGUCGCGCCGCGCCGAGUGACGGGCGGAAUGACGCCGCCACACUAAGUGAUGUUCAAUUGUGUUUGUCUUUAAUGUUUUUGAUUCUGUAAAUGCUAUUUUUGUAAUAAACAAUUUACAUUCUUAUAAUGACAAUAUCUUUCUUACACAUUUGUGAUCAACUGCUCACUGACGAGAGGUAUUAUUGAUAUUUAAGUUUUUAUUUAUUUUUACUACAAAGCCAAUAUGUGCCUUUCAAUAUCAUUUUUGAAAAAUUAAAUAACGUGAAAUAAAUUAAUUUCAGUCCACAAUAAAAUUAAAUCAAACAUC